AAAUAGUUAGUUUCUCUCCCGCAGAAGAGGUUGGCUAGAAACCACAAUAAGCUCCCCAGCAAACCUGACUUUCUGAAAUCGCAACGCCACCUGCUGUAGCUCUUGUCAGACGGAAUGCAACUUGCAGUAAUCGUCCUACUGCCCGCUCUUUAUGCGGUUGCUUCAGCAGCUUCUUGCACUUGCAGUCGACUGAAUGGAGCAUCUCUGCCAGCCUUCCCGCAUCCCGUGCGGUUCAAUGCCACAGCGGUGGAUGCCGGUGAGCUCCAUGCUGGCCAGGCGAUAAAUAAUAAUAUUACUUUCUGCCGAGUGACAGGAUCAAUCUCCUACGGGCCCGCGCUGAACAAUACCCUCCGCUUUGAGCUGUGGUUACCCAACAAGGCAGCCUACAAUGGCCGCUACUUGGCUGUCGGUAAUGGAGGAUUCGCUGGGAAUAUUAUCCCCCAAGCCAUGAUCGAUCCAUUGAACAACGGAUAUGCUGUCGCAAGUGGCGAUAGUGGACACCCUACGUCGGAGAAUGGAGUAUCCGAAUCUGGUUCAUACGCUGCGUUUUUCCAUGACAAAUCCAAAGUUUUGACCUGGAUGCGGGACUCGAUUGCCAUGUUUACAGAACCUGCAACGGCCCUAAUCGCUAUCUACUACGGUUAUAGACCUAGAAAAAUGUACUACAUUGGAUGUUCUACGGGUGGUGGACAGGGAUUUGCGCUUGCGCAGCAUUAUCCAAGCCUCUUUGAUGGCAUCAUCGCGUCUUGCCCUGCAAACUGGUAUACACAUAUCAUGAUAUCAUUCCUUUGGAAUGCCUUGAGCUCCGCAAAUUCUGGAGCAUUUCUUCCGCAAGACGCCUUGGACUUGAUAACGAAGUCUGUGCUGGAUCAAUGUGACGCCCAUGACGGUCAAGUCGACCGCGUCCUGGCAGAUCCCUCACGAUGCAACUUCGAUAUUGCCACCCUACAAUGCACACCAUGCCAGGCACCCAUCGUAAACAACAAAACGAUGUGCCUCACCAAACCUCAGGUCGAGAACGUUCGCAAAUUCUAUAAAGGUCCCGCAAAUACCGUUACUGGACAGCCGCUGUACCCCGGCUUGCCGUUUGGCUCUGAGAGGGCCUGGAUGGGACAACAAAACUCGCUGUACUUGAACUUUUCGGUCCCAUUAUUUCAAAACCUGGUAUUCAAUGAUUUGGACUACAACUACAAAUCCUUUGAUUGGAGCGCAGAUGUCGAUGUAGUCGACCGCUUGGCUGGUACACUCAUUGAUGACAUCUCGCCUGAUUUGGAAGAGUUUCGCAAAGCGGGUGGUAAGAUGAUUGUUACGCAGGCUUGGGCAGAUGAGCUGCUAGCAGCACAGUGGCCGAUCCAGCACCGUGAACGUUUGCGCACAGUCUCUGGCGAUGCUCUAGAGACAUUCUUUUCACUGUUUAUGAUCCCCGGCGCCGCACACUGCUUGCCUAGCAAAUCAUACCCUCAUGUUCCCGCAAAAUACGAUACUCUGGACCGACUUGUCGCUUGGGUGGAGAGUGGGGAGCUACCACGGAGCCUCAUUGGCACGGAACCGCUAGAUGGUAGUGAUGCAACGGUUACUCUACACCCGUACCCUAGGUAUUAAUGUAUGCGUGUGUCACCGUAAACACCCACCAAAAUAGGCGCAGGUGGUCCGAGCUUUCUGGUGAUGCUGAUUCGCACGAGAUAAAGAAAAAAGAUCGUAUGCAACCGGAA